AUGAAGCUACCAUCAUUCAAGGGAGGAAUAGAACCGAUGAAAGCUGAAGCGUGGGUGUUGGGAAUAGAAAAGUUGUUUAAAGUUUUUCCUUGUACCGAGGCCCAAAAAGUGCAACUUGCUGCCUUCACUCUUGAAAAUGAAGCAUGGAAGUGGUGGAUGCUUACGAGAACUGUACACCAGGGAUUAACAUGGGACAGAUUCUUAGAACUGUUUUAUGACAAGUACUUUCCUCAAAGUAUACGAGACAAGAAGGUGACAAAAUUUGAAACCCUCAGACAAGGAAAUAAAAUUGUUGCGGAGUAUGAGGCCCAAUUCGGGGAGCUAGCUCGGUUUGCACCUCAUAUGGUGGAUAUGGAUUAUAAGAAAGCACACAAAUUUGAAAGGGGAUUACGGAAUGCCAUCCUUGACCGAGUCAAUAUGUUGAAGUUGCCCACCUACGUUGAUGUGUUGGAAAGGGCUGUUAUAGCGAAGGGAAACCUUGCUACUCAAAAUCGGAUUUCGAAAUGGAAAGGGAAGAGGCAGAACAAUCAAUGGUCAAAGGGGUCAACUACUCCACCUAACAAGAAACAAAACUCAGGCACUUCUGCCACGUCCACCUUUGCUCUAGAUUCAAUCCCUGUUUGUUCAGAAUAUGGGAAGAAGCAUCGUGGAACUUGCUAUCGGAAGUCUGGAGCCUAUUUUAGAUGUGGCAAAACGGGUCACUUAGUAAGGGAUUGCCCUCAGAGGAAUCAACAAAAUGGCAAUAGGGCUGAGCAGGGUCUACGCCAGCUCCCAACACCAAGUCAGCCGUCAAGCCUGUUAACAACAAAGACACCGCGAGACAAGGGAGGGUGUUUGCAUUAG